AUGCAACUCAGCAAGAUCAUCGGGAUUGACUACUUUCGGUGCCAGUUGCUAGCCUGGCGAAUUUGUGGAGCCCUGCAUCUCAGCGAGGGUAACUACUGCAGUUGGGCGACGGUUGCCUGCAUCAUUUUGUUCCUGCCGGGGCCCAUGUUAUUGGGAGUACUGUUUAGCCACGACGAUCCCUUGGAAACUAACUACAACUUCUGCACGACCAUCACAACCAUGUCCAAUUUCGUAAAGUUUUCUUUGUACGUGACACAACUAACCAAGCUGCUCGAUAUUCAGAAACUCAUUGCCCAGCUGGACGCCCGGGUUUCUGGGAAGGAUCAGGUACUCCGGCGGGAAAACAUGUCCAACCACAUACAGAGGAUUUCUCAGCUGUUUCUAAUCACAUAUGCUAUUCUGUCUUUUUGCGCUGGGGUCCUUUUUAUCUUCGAAAGAGAGCGCAGCUUGCCCUUUCCCAUGUGGUUUCCCUUUGAUUGGAAAAAUUCAAGCAUUGCCUUUAUUGGAGCUGUGACUUUCCAAGAGAUUGCAAUUUUCUCUCAACUUGUGCAGAAUUACCCAGGUGACUCCUUUCCGCCCCUAGCAUUGUUUGUGGUUUCCGAGCAAUGUCAGUUGCUAAUCCUAAGGAUCUCCAAAAUUGGAUAUGGGUCAAGGAAUCUAAAGAAGAAUGAACAGGAUCUUGUCGACUGCAUCAAGGACCAAAACACACUCUACAGCUUACUGGAAUUGAUCCACACCAUGAUAUCCUUACCCAUGAUGAUACAGAUCUUAGUUAUUGGCGUUAAUAUCGCAGUGACCUUGUUUGGACUGAUAUUCUAUGUGAAUACCUUGUCGGAUCGCGUUUUCUACGUGUGCUUUCUGUUGGCCAUCACACUGCAGACAUAUCCAUUGUGCUACUAUGGAAGCAAAGUGCAGGAGAGCUUUGAGGAGCUCCACUACGCCGUAUUCUGCAGCAACUGGGUGGACCAGAGCGCCACCUAUCGGGGAUAUAUGCUGAUCCUCUCGGAGCGAACCAAGCGACAGCAGAUCCUCCUCGCCGGCAACCUGGUGCCCAUCCACUUGAGCACCUUUGUGGCCUGUUGCAAGGGAGCCUACUCCUUUUUCACCCUGAUGGCCGACCGAGAUGGCAGGGGUUUUUUUAACCAGCCACCUGCCAAAACUCAGUCAGUCAAAGAAAAAAAACCAGACAGGAUGGAACUCAGAAAGAUCCUUGGGAUUGACUAUAUUCGUUACCAGUUGCGAGUAUGGCAAAUUUGUGGUGCCCUUGAUCUGUGUAAGGGAAAUUACUGGAGUUGGGCGAUGGGCCUGAAUAUUUUCACGUUCCUGCAGACGCCCAUGCUUUUGAAAGCUAUAUUCAGCUUUGAAGAUCCGAUGGAUAACAUCUUCAACUUCACCCUGGCGAUCACAUCGCUUUCCACUCUUCUUAAGUUUUUGAUGUACCUAUCGCAGCUAACUAAGUUGGUUGAACUUCGGACGAUUAUCGACCAGUUGGAGUCCCGGGUUUCUGGGGAGGAUCAAGUUCGCAGGCAUAGGAUAAUGUCCAGGCAUUUGCAUAGACUAACUAGGAUUUUCCUGGUCACCUAUGGCAUAGUGUUCGUCAACACUUCGGGAUCCUUUCUUUUUAAAAGCGAGCGCAGCUUGCCGCUGCUCAUGUGGUUUCCAUUUGACUGGAAAAAUUCGCUGGUAGCCUAUAUCGGAGCUUUGGUCUUCCAGCUGGUUGGACUUUUUGUUCAAAUCCUGCAUAAUUUUUCUGGGGACUCCUUUCCGCCCCUUGUAUUGUUUUCGGUUUCCGAGCAAUGUCAUUUGCUGAUCCUAAGGAUCAGCAAAAUUGGAUAUGGUUCAAAUAAUCUGAAGAAGAAUGAACAGGAUCUUGUCAACUGCAUCGAGGACCAAAACACGCUCUACAGCUUACUGGAAUUGAUUCAAACUAUGAUUUCCUAUCCCAUGAUGGUGCAGUUCAUAGUUAUUGGCGUUAAUAUCGCAGUGACCAUGUUUGGCCUGAUAUUCUAUGUGGAGACCCUAUCAGAUCGCAUCUUCUAUGUGUGCUUUCUGUUGGCCCUCACAUUGCAGACUUUUCCACUUUGUUAUUAUGGUAGCAUUCUGCAGGAGAGCUUUGCGGGGCUUCACUACGCCGUAUUCUGCAGCAACUGGGUGGACCAGAGCGCCACCUAUCGGGGAUAUAUGCUGAUCAUCUCGGAGCGCACCAAACGACAGCAGAUCCUCCUCGCCGGCAACCUGGUGCCCAUCCACUUGAGCACCUUUGUGGCCUGUUGCAAGGGAGCCUACUCCUUUUUCACCUUGAUGGCCGAACGAAAGGGCCAGGGCUCCCAAAACCGGAGGACUUAA